GAAAGCGAAUGUUGUGAACAUCGUGUACGAAUUAAUGGGAAAACAUUGCAAAUAGCAGCUUUAUUAAGAUAAACUAUUGCUCUACUCCACGUGACCAGCCUAACUGCUUCACCCGGAAUCUCCAUGGCAACAGAAGUAGUGAAGGGUUGCAGCGAUCUGCUGCAGGAGCUGGACCGUGCGCGGAGCAACCUGAAGGGGUUGAACGAAAACAUCCGGAGAAUUAUUGGCCGUGAUCCGUCCGGUAACGACCUGUACAACAAUGCCCGCGGUGGUGGGCCAGGCUACAACCACGCCGGUGGACCGAACAGUGGCAAUGGAAACAGUAUGGGCGGCGGCGGCGGUAGAGAAGCGUUCGAAUCCCGCAAACGGCAUUCGGCCGGCUUCGAACCGUCAAACGUGAGUGGGCAGCGACGGGACCAGGAAUGGCGCCACUCGGACGUGGGGCAAAACGCAGCAAAGCGGCGUGUCAUAGCGGAAACAAAGUCCGUAUUCAGUCGCCUCUCGGGACCACCGAACCGGGAGCCCGAAUACGAAAAGCCGCGGAUUUUUUCGCGCGUCAUCAAGGAGCAACCUUCGAAGGAGGACAUCGUUGCGGCUCAGGGCUCCGAUGAACGCUCCCGCGCUCGGAACCGACGAAUCUUUGGCUCAUUAUUGGGCACGCUGCAAAAGUUUUCUCAGGAGGAAUCGAAACUGAAGUCCAAAGAGGAGAAGAAAGCACUGAUCGAGAAGAAGCUCGAGGAGCAGGAAAAGAUCGAGCGGGAGAACAUGCGCAAAGAGAAACAGUGUCUGUUUUCCGACCGCAAACGGCAGCAGCUGGAAAUUCGGGCCCUCGAGGCCAAGGUGGCCAAGCUGAAGGAUCUCGAACUGUGGGAGGAUGCCAAGCGGCCGCUGAGGAACUUCAUCAAAACGAAAACUAACCCACCGAUUUUCUAUCUACCGAAGCGAAUGGAUGCGGCGAUGGAGAAGAAGCUGGACGAUUGGCAGCAAGAGCAUCAGGCUAUGAUGGAACAGAAACGGCAGGAAGUAAUGAGCAACGUAGAGGUGAUCGAAGCGCGGUUCCAGGGGGACGUGAAAAUGUUGGAAGAAAAUGAAGCCAGAAACCGGGCUGCCUUUAGCAAGUCCCAUGCGGACGACGUGAGAAAAGGAGCGGGGAACUUCGAUGGAGGUGAUGCCAUGCUCGGAAGUGGCACCAAGCACGAUCGAUUGAACGCGGAAGAGGAGGAAGAUGAGUACGAUCAAAAUAUGUCGUAUCAGUACGAUAAUGAAGAGCAACUAGAAGUACCGGAAGGGCCGGCGCUCCCAGCGUCCAUGGUGUCGGGGUUUAAGAUAACCAUUCAGAAUACCGAGCACAAACACGAUGUCUCCGAGCAAUAUGCGUCUUCCGAAAUGCCGCAAGUCGUUCGGCUGCUGACAUCGGGUUCUAUGGAAGCCGACGCGUCUGAUUGGGUGGCCGACAACGAUUCCGAUAGUGCCAGUAAAGAAACGCACGUUGGCAAGAUGAGCAAAAGUAUCCAAAUUACUUUCAAGACAGAACAAAACUAAUAACCCGUACGAACGAAGGACAGCAUUUGGAGCAUCGUCGCUUUCGUACACGGUCUCGAUCUGUCUGUUGCCCCGAACAUGGACGUGCGUUUGGUGAAUCGAUUUCCACUCGGAUAUCCAUGAUCGGCAUGGGAGAUUUUGGGAGCGACAACGUUCAAUGGCAAACCGAAUCCGUGCGAUACUCUUAAGAGAACUAGACUCUAUAAGUCCGUAACUAUACCAUUUAACAGUCAUAGGUAAAUCGUGUGUCGGUAGUGCUUCCAGAGCACACACACACAAGCUUCA